AUAUAGAAGAGAAAAGAAAAGUAGAGGAUCGAGUCUCGAGUGGAGUAUAUGCGCCUCACUUUAGCUGGAAAAGUUACAGAAUUUUUUUCCCUUGUAUGGUCUAAUAAGCUAUUCUCAAAUUCUGUUUGUACGUGGCAAAAUACUCUUGGGGUAUUGCUGAUAAAAAGUUUAUCAGAUCAACAGUGGAAUCGGCUCAGACUUACAGAUUGCAGAGCUUAGGAAUCGCCCAUAUGCUGCAUAUUGCAUAAGCCGGCUUUUUGUAAAGGGAUGCAGAAUUUGGGAGUUUGCCAGUUGUAUAUUCUGGCAGUCUUUGUCUUAUAAAUAAACUAAGGGGCAGUAGUGGGUGUACGGAGAGUGGUGCAUGUGAUGGUGGAGAUGGCGUCUUGUAGUGAUGUCGACUACUGUGUUGAUCAAUAAUGCUCUGUCAAUUACACUCGUGGGUACCUUAAAUAACAACGCGUGGUAGUUUUUUUUGUUUUUCUGAUCGGUACAACGCGUGGUAGUUUUAUGCAUAUACACACCUCAUUACAAUUUGCAGAAGACACUGAAUCUCUCUCCGGAACUUAUUGGCCCCUGUUUUGCAUCUGAAGACAUUCAGGUUCUGUGAAAUAUUUGGCUAUGCAAGUUUUUUGCAGGCAAAGUGAAAGGCAUAUAGGGCCAGAGAAAUAUGGUGUUCCUUCUGGAGGCAAAAGAUGCAGAGGAAUGGGGUUAUAGAGGCGAGGGUGCAGCCAAUGUUGUAAUGGGCUAUCUUGGGACAUCACCAGAAUUUGUUGGAAAAGUACUACGUGUGCAGAAAGCUUCUCCAAAUAAGCCCAAUGACAGCAGCCCCGAAAAGAAUGCUCCACUUUUGUCUGUUGAAGAACAAGUGCUGUGGUCUGAGUUGCAAGAAAUGGUUGCAUCAAACUCAAAAGAGAUUCUAGCCCAGGGAUACGCACAACAUGUCAUAGGUUCUUUAUUGGGUUCUGAUCAUGUUGAUCCUGGGACACUCGUUUGUGUUUCAAAGGAGUUUUUAGAAGCUUUGGAUCAAAACAUCUAUAAGAAACGUCCAGAAUGGAGAAUCAGAGAUACCAGGAUCAAUCUCCAGAGUGGCUUUGCACUUCUUAUGUCAGAUCAUGCAUCCUUUUCACAAGGUCUUGAUGGUGCUGCACCAUGUAUCUCAGUAGAAAUCAAGCCAAAAUGUGGGUUUCUUCCUUGUUCAAGGUUCAUAUCAUCAGAGAAUCACCUGAAGAGGCUUGUAUCUCGAUUUGCAAUGCAUCAACACCUAAAGUUAUCCCAACAGGAGGUAGCCAGUAUCAGCAAAUAUUGUCCAAUAGACUUGUUCUCUGAAUCACGUGAUAGAAUCCAUCAAGCAAUUGGGGGACUUUUGGAAACCCCUCAGAAUAAUCUACGGAUAUUUUUGAAUGGUUCGUUGGUCUUUGGUGGAUUGGGAGGUUAUGCAGAGGAAGGCUUGCUUAACGGUUCCAUCACUGAACAGGCAGUUCAAAACUUGGAAGACAUACUUGAGAAUGUGAUGACAUGCCAAAAGGGAGAGCGAAUGGCAUGCUUCAAGGAUCUUAUCACAGAAUCUCUACACAAAACUGGAAUAUUGAGCAAGCUUCUAGCUGUUCAGAAGAUGGACCUUUAUGACAUUGAAGGUGCAAUCCAUGCAUAUUUCAACAUUAUGAGGAAACCAUGUCAGAUAUGCACUUGUUCUUCAGACGAGUCAGAUAAUCAAAUGCAAAAUCAUAUACAUGAUUACUUUACCUCUCUUUCACUUGAGGAAAGCAGAAGGAUUGUUCGUGACUUUCUGGUAGCCACAACUGCAAAAGACUGCAGUUUAAUGUUCACUUUCCAGCCUGUGAAUCAUGAUGCCACAGAUGUAAAUUCAUUAGAUGGAAAUAAUAUGAUGCACUUUACAGCAACCAAUCAAACUUUUCGCUUCAAGGCACACUAUGUAGACUUGGAUUUAAAGCGCUUGGAAAAAAUGAUCCACUAUUACAAAUUUGAUCAGAAAAUAGUAACUGCCUACACCAGAAUGCAUGGAACAAAGAGAAUUUCAAACCAUGAAGAUUCUGAAAUGCGUGAACCAGUUUGAUUGGUCUUUUCACAUCACUGUUAGUUAAAAACUUUAAAUAUGCGUGCCUCAUUGGCACUUACCAUUUGAGCAGAUGCAGACAAGUCACGUCCUAUGCCAGAGCAACUGAGAUAAAUGCAGCCAUUUUUGUGCAUCCUUUUAUAUCAUAAUUGCCACAAAUGGCUCAGAACUAAUAGUUUCUUCAGCCUUAAGUGUUGGAAAAAUGAUUAAUUUCUUUGUGGAUAAAUACUUUGUGUCGGUUGUACCAAAACCUGUGCAAUAUCCAGUUUACGUUUUCUAGAGACCAUCAAUGACAAUUCUUUGUAAAUGCAUUCAACAAGGAAUGCAUACAUGUACUAGUUUGUAUGAUAUAUGAUAUAUGAUGAAAUUAUAUUGA